GCAAGUUCACAAGAAUCACAACUCAGCAGACCCCCUUUCUCCGUACCCAUCUUUCUGUGGUUUCUCUGCUUUCUGUGUUCUUUGUUUGACCUUUUUUCUCCUUGUUCUACAAGAUUUUGAAAGAGAAGACUUCAGGCUCGACCUCUGAACUGCAACGAUGGCAGGGCUGAGGCCUCCGCGUAGUGAGCGCACAUUGGUUUGUGUAAUUCAGUCUCUUGUUGGUAUGGAGGUUGUCGUGGAGCUUCGCAAUGACUUAACCAUUCGUGGGAACCUUGACGAAUGUGACGAUUACAUGAAGCUUGAAGAGGAUAUUAAGGAGGAUGAAGUGGAGGCAGCGAUUGCAGAUCUGCCUAGGCUUAAGGCGCCGGGGUUGGACRACAUGUCGAUGGAGCUAUACAAGGACUUUCGCAAGUUCUUUGUGGUUUUGCUGACGGCGGCUUAUAAUGAAGCACUUAAAUGCGGAUCCUUUCUGCUAGGCUUCGCAGAUGCGUAUAGAAAGCUCCCGUUCCUAUUUGUGCGAGGCUGCAUGAUUCGCUUCAUACACAUUCCAGAUUCUGUGGAUGUCAAGAAGGCAGUUCAGCAAAGGCGCGACAAAAGGAAUCGUGCGGAAAUCAUGUAUCUUGGUCGUGGAGGUCCUCAGAGCCGCAUGCCCAAGACUGACAAAGUGAAUGAAGGGAUGAUUAAAGGGGAAUUGAGGGAGGUGUGCUCCGAAGAAAGAGAGGAGGGCGAGGUUGUGGGCAUGAGUCAGUAGCGGUGCUGCAAGGAAGGGAGCAACGGGGGUCCUGAGCAGGAGUGCGGCAAUAAGGUCCCACUCGGGAAGAGAGAGGGAGGGAGGGAGGGGGGGUAAAGAGUGUGAAAAGGUGGAACCUGGGACUCUUGAGGCUGGAGCAAGGAAAGGGAACGUGGCAUGGCCCCCAGCAAGUGCAGCUUCGACCCAUCUUGCCUUUGCCCACGCUUGUACGUCGCUCAUGCUUCGUCUCAAAGAGAGAGAGUCUAUCCAGUGUCCACCCAAAUGCAUUGCAGAAGUGCCAAGCAACGAUCUGGCUUUCUUUUUUUUCCGGUCAUGACUGCAGUGCAGGUAAUGUUUCGAUGCACACUGCGUUUGGCAAAGCGCCUCUGCGGAGCUGUACCAUGGGUACCGUUAUUUUGGUCAUCUUGCGCACUGCGCAUCCAAACCUACUGAAGGAAGGACACAGCAAGGUGGAGGAAUCGGACGCGGUUUACUGAAGAGGCUGCUGUGACUCGAUCAUUCAUGCAUUGCAGGCCUUCGAUCUCCUGGAAAGCCAUGCUGUUGGGGCGGAGCAUCUUCCAUGUCUCCUACUUCCUCCUGGUCUUCAGAACUGAAGCAGAAUUCACUGGUGAUGGGUGCAGCAUCCCUCCAAUAGCAGAGGGCGAGCGAUGGUGGUUCCUACGACUUCCUAGCCUGCAUCGAUCUACAAGCUCUUGUCUAGACAUGUUCUUUCACUGAGAGUGGUUGUCAGUUUCUAGACAUGUAUCUCUCUCUGGGAGUGCAGUUCACUUUAUUUGCAGGCUUCUGCAGAUCUCUCUGGGAGUUACUUCGUUGGCAAACUCGUGCAGCUGAGCAACGCUGCUGUUCCGUUCUCAGUUCGAUUCCUCUUGCUCUUUUUCUUCACUCCUUUGUCUUUCUCAACUUGCAUUUUUUGUACGUCUGUUUCUUCUUCGUGGUUCUUGAUGUCAUGCCCCCGUGC